AUGGAAAGCAAGCUGGCAGCUAUCGGAGCGAUUUUGCCCAUUAUCGUGCCGAAGACUCUGAGUGACUUCAAGAAUUUAUAUGUAAGUGAGAAAGAGUUUCAGCUCGACGACUUAUCUGCGACGCAACCAGGCGACAGCCCAAUUAUCGAGACACCUGGCUUGCACGAGUUUUGGAAGGGGUUUGGCGAGUUUCCCUCGCACUAUUUCGUUCGGACGGAAGUGGAAGUGGUGUUCUGGAGGGUGAUCAAAAAACUGGUGUUUGUUAGGGGUCGCGUUGUGAUUCUAGGCUCACCGGGAGCCGGGAAGUCCUGCUUUCUCAUGCUGCUUGCGUUCUAUCUGGCGUGCAUCAAGAAGAAGAAGGUGCUUGUGAUACGUCGCUUGAAAGAUGAAAGUGCGGGCAACGCGGCGGUGUUUCUUGAUGGACAGGGAUCGUACGCUCGACUGACGAAUCUCUCACCGGCUGAUCUGUUUGCCAUCCGCCGCCAAACUAAGGGCGCGAUAGUUUUUGUUGAUGGUUUUACCCAAGAACACGUAGAGGAUCUAGGCAAUGGAAGCAGUGGCGGGAGUCUGCGCGAGUUCUGUAAGGAGCGGGAAAAGCUGAAGUCGCAAGUCGCGAGAGAUUGUCAUUCCGUGGAUAAAGCCAAAGCGUUUGCUUUGGUGUACAACUAUGGUGGGGUUCAAAACGAGAGCCAAGUGGAUCAACUGCGGCGUCACUACAUCAGGGACUGCCACAAGGAAGAUCAUUACCAGGACUCAAGAUGGUGGAAAAUUUUUGUGGAUUCGGGAUAUGUACUGAGCGAAUUGGGGCGGAAUGCUGGCAUGGACGAGCACCUUGAGGUUUACGAGUACGCCAAAUCGGUCGGUGCCGCCUUUCAAGGCGUCGCAUACAAACUCUUGCUUCGUAGCGCAGCUCGAGGUGCGUUCGCAAAGCGUAAACCGAUUUUGCUGAAGAUGCGGGAAGGGUCAAAGUACGAGAAAAUCGAGAUUCGGGCCCCCAACGUCGUUUGCAGUGGUGACCCUUGGUUGUCCACACUUGGAAAGGAUACCUACUGGUACCCGAACUACCAGUUUUUCCCUUUCAUUGACGCAGUGACGACGUGUGAGGCGUUCCCAAGUGGAGGUGGAAAUUCCGAGACAAUCGUGGCUUACAUUCAAGUGACGACUCGAAGCGAGAAAAGACUCAAGGGAGAGAGGCUGCGCAAGCUGGAUGAAGAGAUGGAUAAAAACCCAUCACUGAAGGACAUGAAGCGCGCAUUUGUGAUCGUAGGUCCUGACGCCGCUGUCUGCGAGAGAUUUAAUCUCCACGAUGCGCCGGACCAUGACACAAUUCUAGCGAUGGUAGGCUGCUUCAGCCCGGAACGACUGGAAAGCGGAGAUGCUUGUUGGUAG